AUGAAGUGUUCUACUCUCCUCAUACUCAGCGUGCUGCUGUGCGCGGUCCUGCUCGGCGCUGCCCAGAAGCAGUCCGGCAAGUCCAAGGCCAAGAAGCUGAAGAACAAGCAGAAGGCCCCCGCCGAUCAGCCGAAGGAGCUCGUCCUGCCCAUGGCGGAGAGCUGCAAGGCCGCCAACUGCAAGCUGCCCGAAUGCCGCUGCUCGGACACGGUCCUGCCGCGCUCCAAGUUCCAAGGCAAAGAGAGUGAGAUCCCCCAGUUUGUGACGAUCACCUUCGACGAUGCCGUGAAUGCGGUUAACUACGCCCAAUACGAGCUGCUCUUCAGCGAGCUGACCAAUCCCGAUGGCUGUGUGGCCACCGGCACCUUCUUCCUGUCGCACGAGUACACGGACUAUGUCCGCGUGAACGCUCUGUAUCGCGCUGGUCACGAGAUCGCCCUGCACUCGGUCACCCACGGCGACGGAACGGACUACUGGCGGGCUGCGGAUGUGGCCACCAUUGAGCAGGAGUUCGGCGACCAGCUGAAGAUGCUGGAGUCCUUCGCCAAGGUGGACCCCAAGAGUGUGCAGGGCAUGCGUCUGCCCUUCCUUCAGAUUUCCGGCAACAACACCUUCGCGGCUGCCAAGCGCCUGGGCCUGAGCUACGACAGCUCCUGGCCGACGCAGCAGUUCAAGGACCCGGCCAUGUGGCCCUAUACCCUUGACUAUCUUUCCAAGCAGGACUGUCAGAUUGGCCCCUGUCCGGAUGCUUCGAUUCCCGGAUUCUGGAUCAAUCCCAUGGUGACCUGGACCGAUACCGAGGGCUACAGCUGCUCGAUGAUCGAUGCCUGCGUCUAUCCGCCCGAGGACAAUGUGGAAGCUCUCUUCGCCUGGAUGCUGGAGAACUUCAACCGCCACUACGAGGGAAACCGUGCCCCCUUCGGAAUGUACCUCCAUGCGGCUUGGUUCGCUCGCGGCCGCAACUACUUUGCCGCCUUCAAGAAAUUUAUUCACCAUUUGAACACCUAUCCGGACGUCUAUCUGACUGGCAUUUCGCGCAUGCUGGAGUACGUGAAGAAACCCGUGCUCGGAGCCCCUUUCAAAGGCUGCCCCGCCAUGCCAGAGGCCGCCUGCCAUGCGGUCCAGUGCCACGUCCAGAAGGUGUCCACCGGCGAGGAGCGCUACAUGAAUGUCUGCGACAAGUGCCCGGCUGUCUAUCCCUGGCUGGGGAAUCCUUCAGGGCAGCAGCUGUAG